CAGAAGGAAUCAGGCUGCAGAAUCCGGGCUCUAACAAUGGAAACUCUCCAGUUCAAAUCCAAUGAAUAUUAGGGAAGAUGGAUGCAGAGACUGAAGAUAAAACGCUGCGUACCCGCUCUAAAGGAACCAAGGUGCCAAUAGAUUCUCUAAUUCAGGAGCUUAGGGUAUCACCUCCAAAGGUAGCAUCUCAGCUAUGCCUUCAAGAAGCCAUUGUAUCACUCCAUCAGGCCAGCAAUUUCUGCGACGUAUGUGCUGCCUACGAUUGUUCCAUGGCGAAGAAGAGGAGAGCCGCAGAGCAGGCUUUGGGCGUCCCAGUCAACAAGAGAAAAUCCCUGCUAAUGAAGCCCCGACACUACAGCCCGAACGUGGACUGCAGAGAAGAAUGUGACGACAGGACCGAGGCGGAGGAGGAAGAUGGCCUCCCGGAAGCCAGCGAUCACACCGCCUCAGAAGAAACCAUGAUAAAACCUAUGGAUGAGCACCUUCAUUCAACUGCCCAAGAAAACUCCAAUGGGAAGGAAGACAGAUAUGGCUGCUAUCGAGAGCUCGUGGUCAAAUCUUUAAUGCACUUGGGGAAAUUUGAAAACAAUGUGUCUGUUCAGACCGUGAGUGAGAAUUUAAAUGGCAGUGGCCUCCAGUGUGUCCAAGCAGAGAGUGAUGAAGCGGACGAGCACUUCGUGGUUCAUUCUGAUGACGGAAAAGAAAAAAUCAAUGAUCCCCAGCUUCGGUUCUGCUCUUCAGAUGACAGCGAGAGUAACUCUGAAAGUGCGGAGAACGGUUGGGACAGUGGCUCCAACCUCUCAGAAGAAACCAAACCGCACAGGGUCCCAAAGUAUAUCUUAGUGGAUGAUAGAAAAGACCUACUGGGAGCUCCUGAAAUCAAAACCGAAGGUGACAAGUUUAUCUCUUGUGAAAACACGUGUGACCCCGAAACGGAAAGGAGAGACCCACAGAACACUCGCGUGGAACCACUAGAUGGCACAGGCCAGCCCUCGUGCGCGGGCGUGGAGGAAGAUGGUAACGGGAGCCUGGCAGCCAUGAGAGAAGAGUCCCUUGACCUGGAGAAAGCGAAGGGGAGCUUGAGUGUGCUGGAGCAGGCGAUUGCUCUGCAGGCUGAGCGAGGUUGUGUUUUCCAUAACACCUACAAGGAGUUGGACAGGUUUCUCUUGGAGCACCUGGCUGGGGAAAGGAGGCAGACCAAAGUUAUUGACAUGGGUGGAAGACAAAUCUUGAACAGUAAACAUUCACCGAGGCCUGAGAAGAGGGAGACCAAGUGCCCCAUCCCGGGGUGCGACGGCACGGGACAUGUGACGGGACUCUACCCCCACCACCGCAGCCUUUCGGGGUGCCCCCACAAAGUGCGGGUUCCCCUGGAAAUUCUUGCCAUGCAUGAAAAUGUGCUCAAGUGCCCCACCCCGGGAUGCACAGGAAGAGGGCAUGUGAACAGCAACCGCAACACCCACAGGAGUCUUUCUGGUUGUCCAAUUGCUGCAGCUGAAAAAUUGGCAAUGUCCCAAGACAAAAGUCAGCUUGAUUCGCCCAAAAGCGGCCAGUGUCCUGACCAGGUUCACAGGACGAGCUUGGUGAAACAAAUUGAAUUCAAUUUCCGAUCACAAGCCAUCACCUCUCCCAGAGCCACGGUGUCAAAAGAACAAGAGAAGUUUGGGAAAGUACCAUUCGAUUAUGCCAGUUUCGAUGCCCAGGUUUUUGGCAAACGCCCUCUCGUACAAACAGGUCAAGGACGGAAAACGCCACCAUUUCCUGAAUCAAAGCAUUUUUCAAAUCCAGGGAAAUUUCCUAAUCGACUGCCUAGUGCGGGCGCCCACACACAGAGCCCUUGUUGUGCCAGCUCUUACGGCUACGGUCAAUGUAGUGAGGACACCCACAUAGCAGCAACUGCUGCCAUCCUGAACCUCUCCACCCGCUGCAGGGAAACUGCAGACAUCCUCUCCAACAAACCACAGAGUCUGCAUGCCAAGGGAGCCGAGAUAGAAGUGGAUGAAAAUGGCACAUUGGACUUAAGCCUGAAAAAAAAUCGAAUCCUGGACAAAGCUGCACCCCUAACUUCCUCUAACACUUCUAUUCCAACUCCUUCCUCUUCCCCAUUCAAAACAAGCAGCAUUUUGGUCAAUGCAGCCUUCUAUCAGGCUCUCUGCGAUCAAGAGGGCUGGGACACUCCUAUCAACUAUAGCAAAACUCAUGGGAAGACAGAGGAGGAGAAAGAGAAAGACCCUGCGAGCUCUCUAGAAAAUUUAGAGGAAAAAAAGUUUCCUGGAGAGGCCUCCAUACCAAGUCCUAAACCCAAGCUCCACGCGAGAGACCUCAAAAAAGAGCUCAUUACCUGUCCAACGCCAGGAUGUGACGGAAGUGGCCAUGUCACGGGGAACUAUGCGUCCCAUCGCAGUGUUUCUGGAUGUCCUUUAGCAGAUAAGACUCUUAAAUCCCUCAUGGCUGCAAAUUCCCAGGAGCUUAAGUGUCCAACCCCGGGUUGCGAUGGUUCCGGGCACGUGACUGGAAACUACGCUUCCCACAGAAGUUUGUCCGGCUGCCCUCGUGCCAGGAAAGGUGGUGUCAAAAUGACUCCUACAAAGGAAGAAAAAGAAGAUCCUGAACUCAAAUGUCCUGUGAUAGGGUGUGACGGCCAAGGUCACAUAUCAGGUAAAUACACGUCCCACCGCACAGCUUCUGGCUGUCCCCUGGCCGCCAAGAGACAGAAGGAGAAUCCUGUCAAUGGGGCCCCCCUCUCCUGGAAACUGAACAAACAAGAGCUGCCACACUGUCCCUUGCCAGGCUGCAACGGGCUGGGCCAUGUAAAUAAUGUUUUUGUCACCCACAGAAGCUUAUCUGGAUGUCCUCUAAAUGCACAAGCCAUCAAAAAGGGCAAGGUCUCAGAAGAACUGAUGACCAUCAAACUCAAAGCGACAGGCGGUAUAGAGAGUGAUGAAGAAAUUCGGCACCUGGAUGAAGAAAUAAAAGAACUGAAUGAAUCCAACCUUAAAAUUGAAGCAGAUAUGAUGAAACUCCAGACACAGAUCACAUCGAUGGAGAGCAACCUGAAGACCAUAGAGGAGGAGAACAAGCUCAUAGAGCAGAACAACGAAAGCCUGCUCAAGGAGCUGGCUGGCCUGAGCCAAGCUCUCAUCUCCAGCCUCGCGGACAUCCAGCUCCCGCAGAUGGGACCUAUCAGCGAGCAGAAUUUUGAAGCAUAUGUAAAUACACUGACAGACAUGUACAGCAAUCUGGAACGGGACUCUUCCCCAGAAUGCAAAGCUCUGCUGGAAAGUAUCAAACAGGCAGUGAAGGGCAUCCAUGUGUAGGACCACAGCGCCGCGGGGCAACAGAAAUUGCAAACAGCAGGAACACAGCCGGAUCUGGAAGGGGCCCCUGUGCUGCGAAGGCGCGCGGGUGGCCCUACUGCAUUUACGAUUGCAACAUUGCACUAAUCCCCACCCCCACCCCCCCACCCCCCCAGCUGACAUAAAAAGGAGAGAAGAACUAUGAUAGAC